UUUAUUCAUUCACCUUCUAAUUUUAUUAUCUCUCUCUAUCUUCUUCCCCGACAAAUUUCCAUUUUCCCGAGAUAAAUUUUAAUUAAUCUCUUCCGUCUUCUUCCUCCUCCCUCUCUCUCAAACCUAAUCUGCCUCCGUUUAAGUUAUGGGCGUCGCAGUUCUCAACCCACAAGAUUGUUUGAAAGAUCCGUUCUCCCACAUGAGAUAUCAUCAUCCCCGUAACCCUAGCGCGUGUCCCAACAGGCAGAAAAAGCCCGUUUCUAACAACAACCGUACGCGCCGGAGUCCUCCUCCUCGUAACCAAUCGACCAGAUCUCCUUCUCCUCCUGUAGCGCCGCCUCUUCCUCCUCCACGCGCGGCUGUAUCUGCUUUCGUUCCAAAAGGAACGGUUAAGAAGAGUCCCAAAAACACCGUCGCUGUCUCUCAGGUGAGAAUCUUGAAGCGCGGCGAAGAGAUUCCGGUCAAGGUUCCAGAUCUGGCUGUUGUGAAGACAGAUCUGGUUGUUGAGAAGUCAGAUCUGGGAUCUACUCGUCGGAUUGGACCCGAUCCGGGUUUGAUUCCGAGUCAGAUCCGUUUAUCUGGCCGCAAAUCGAAAACGGCACCGUUUUACGCCGGUCCGGUCACCAUGACCUCGCCGCCUCCAAGCGAUGUACCGCUUCCAGCUUUUUUCUCGAAGAAGAGCGUCUCUGUGUUCCAAGCCGCCGAUGCAACCAAUGAUCUGAUCAGGAUGCUUCGUCUUGACAUCGCUUGACGGCGUAUGUCUCUGAUCAUCUUUGAUUUUUUUUUGUGAAAAGAAUCUCAGAUGAUCCCCAAAAUGGUUACGAAAGUGUUACAGUUCUGUUUACCGAUCGUCAGAUUCCGACUUAAAAACCGGAGAUCUACAAAGAAAAAUGAUAAUCUCUCCAAGACGAUGAUGAAUCUAGAAGAUGAAGAAACCACACAUCUUCGUUAUGAACCGUUUCGAAUCUUCCCUUAUUUUUUCAAGGGGCAAGAUCGAAAUAUCUUCUUAACAGGUCUUAGUUUCUCUUCUUAGGGUUUAGUGUUUGUGUAGGAGUAUUUUGUGCAUAGCCUUCUUUUUUUUUUUUUACUGUAUCUUUUGGGUCUUUAAUCUCUGCUUUAAUCGUCGGGUUCUCUGGGUAAAUUAAUUAUAGCUUUUGAGUCUUUUUCUCAUUUCGUUAGGGUUCUCAGGUUGUAAGGCAAGUUAUAGAGAUGUGUUUUUACUGGUAAGAUGAAGCUUAGGUUUCGAUGUAAUCUGCAGUUUUUGCAAUUCUCUGUAUUACUUCUAUCUUUUAAUGUUUUCUAGUUUAAUUGGGGUUUUCUUCUUCUGUUGGGUCUCUUUGUUUUCGUGUCGUCUAGGGUAAGGCAAACUAUCACGGAGAUGUAGUAGUUACUGGUUAGAUGAAGUGUAAAGGCUUCCAUGUAAUCUUCUGUACUACAUACAAUUCUCUGUACUUCUAUCUUUAAUAUUAUCGAAUUUAUAUUAUAAAGUUCUAUUUGGCUUUUUUA